CCGGCUCGGCCCCGCGCGGCCUCCUCCCGCCAGGCCCGGGCGGGCUCCGUUGCCCAGCGCCCCGAGCCUGGGGAGGGGGCUUCCGGACCCCGCAGCCGUUCCCCUCGCCCGUAGGCGCUGCCCAGUGAGCGCCCUCCCUCCCGAGGCGGCCCCACGGUAGGCCCUGCCCUGGGCCCUGGGCACGGCGCGCCCUCCACCGAGCGGGCAGAGCCCCCGGGUCGCCCUACCUGUCGUGCUGUUCCGGAUGUACCCGAGCUUUUGGAGGCUACUGCUCAGGGAAGCAGUUUAGGUGGAGCUUGCAGUGUUUUUCAGCUUUCCUCUGCCUUUGGAAAAAGAACACAGCCCGAGGAAUCUUUUGCUCCAUCAGUACUCAGGAGGAUGAAAGUCAUCACGUGUGAAAUAGCCUGGCACAACAAGGAGCCUGUGUACAGCUUGGACUUCCAACAUGCCACGACUGGGCGGGUCCACAGACUGGCGUCUGCGGGGGUGGACACCGCAGUCAGGAUCUGGAAGGUAGAAAAAGGACCAGAUGGAAAAGCCAUUGUGGAAUUUUUGUCCAAUCUUGCUCGUCACACCAAAGCAGUCAAUGUUGUACGUUUUUCUCCGACUGGGGAAAUUUUAGCAUCAGGAGGAGAUGAUGCUGUCAUUCUGUUGUGGAAGGUGAAUGAUAACAAGGAGCCAGAACAGAUUGCUUUUCAGGAUGAGGACGAGGCUCAGCUGAAUAAGGAGAACUGGACUGUUGUAAAAACCCUGAGGGGCCACUUAGAAGAUGUAUAUGAUAUUUGCUGGGCAACUGAUGGAAAUUUAAUGGCUUCUGCCUCUGUGGAUAACACAGCCAUCAUAUGGGAUGUCAGUAAAGGACAAAAGAUUUCAAUUUUUAAUGAGCAUAAAAGUUAUGUACAAGGAGUAACCUGGGAUCCUUUGGGUCAAUAUGUUGCUACUCUGAGCUGUGACAGGGUGUUGCGGGUGUACAGCACACAGAAGAAGCGUGUGGCCUUUAAUGUUUCGAAGAUGCUGUCUGGAGUUGGGGUUGAAGGAGAGGUGAGAAGUUACCGGAUGUUCCAUGAUGACAGUAUGAAGUCCUUCUUUCGUAGACUCAGUUUUACUCCUGAUGGAUCUUUGCUUCUCACACCAGCUGGAUGUGUGGAAUCUGGUGAGAAUGUAACGAAUACAACUUACGUUUUCUCCAGGAAAAAUCUCAAAAGGCCUAUUGCUCAUCUUCCAUGCCCUGGCAAAGCAACGCUCGCCGUUCGCUGCUGCCCGGUCUACUUUGAAUUGAGGCCAGUAGUGGAAGCAGACCAGGGGUCGCGUGAGCCGGCCGUGGAGCUGAUGAGCCUGCCCUACCGCGUGGUGUUUGCAGUGGCUUCUGAGGAUUCUGUGCUGCUCUAUGACACCCAGCAGCCUUUCCCCUUUGGCUACGUGUCUAACAUACACUACCACACCCUGAGUGACAUUUCAUGGUCCAGCGAUGGGGCCUUCCUGGCCAUUUCUUCCACAGAUGGUUAUUGCUCAUUUGUGACAUUUGAGAAAGAUGAACUUGGCAUUCCUUUGAAAGAGAAGCCUGUUUUGAGCAUGAGAACUCUUGAUACAGCAAAGAAAACUAAAAGUCAGAUGAACCAAGGAUCUUCGCCAGGGCCCAGAGUGGGAGAGGGGACCCCCAGCAGCAGAAUCCACGACCCCAGCAGUCCCUCUGCAAGUCCCUCGCCAGCUGGACAGUCUCCAGCCCCAGCAGCCAUCAAGGACACUCCCUCAGUAACGCCUAGCAUCAAAAACUCCUUGCCGGGGCCUUCAGAGGAGAAGACCCUGCAGCCCAGUAGUCAAAACACAAAAGCCCCCCCAUCCCGGAGGGUCACUCUGAACACAUUACAAGCCUGGAGCAAGACCACCCCCCGGAGAAUAAACUUAACACCCUUAAAGACAGAUACACCACCAAAUUCUGUACCAACCAGUAUAAUUUCCACCUCUUCUGCAGAAGAAAUUCAAUUAGAGAUGCCUGGAGACCCUCAGGGCAGUCCUCCAGAGCUCAAGCGGCCCAGACUCGACGAGGACAGAGGAAGCCCCCAAAGCCUGGACUCUUGCUAGGACUCAAUGUUGUUUGUGGGCCUGCCGGGCAGGCGCCUGGGUAGGCAGCAGGGCAGCGAGGAGGGGACGCUCAGGCCAGUGGCAUCGGAGCCAAAUAGACACUCAGAAGUUGAUUUCUGUGACAGAAAAAACACAUGUGCUGAUUUUUCUCCAGAAACAUGCAUGCUUUUGUAUUUGGUAUCCAUCUUUACCAUGGGGAUGUGGCUAUUGUAAAAGACUAAAUCCUCUUUUUGAUGAGUUUCUGAAACUGGAUCAUUCAACAUUAUCUGGGGUGAAAAUCAGUAAAUCCUCCCUUGAAACAGUCAUGAAAGUACAGCUGUGCUAUGGGGACUUUCAACACCAGAAGAAAGAAGAGAGUGAUUUGAGGAGGUUUACUGUUGAUUUUUAGAAUGUUUGACGUGAUUAUUAGAUUUAAGUUUUAAUUAGUUAUCAAAUUUUAGAAGUUUUUUUUUUUUUUUUUUCCUGAUUUUAAAGGUAAUAAUGCUCAUUUUGGAAAAUUAGUAAGCUACAGUGAAGACAAAAAGUAAGUGGGGGAUAGA